GAGGGGUCUUUACUUCGUUUACCUUUACCUUUCACCUUCUACUUGAACCCAAUUCACUCCGUGCUAUUAUCAACACACAAGAAUCACGAGUGAAUCUUCCACGGUAUCAUCUGGUGCUCUCGGUGGCUACAUCUGGUUCUGAUCUCCUAUCACUGCGAGAUGGAGACUCCUAGCGAAUCUGCGGUUUCUUCGAGGGUCAGCAGUCCGCCUCCAGCGACCUUUGGCGCAGGUGGACCCAUGCUGAAACAGUUCGAUCGGUCUACUGCGUCGAGUCGUAAAGGAUCCCAGUCCUCUACUCCUCCUAUCACUGUCGUCGGCAUCGGUAACAAGGUUGCUAAGCCCGAUUACUCCGAGGCAAAGAUCGUACUGGCUAUGGUUGGGCUUCCCGCACGGGGAAAGUCAUACCUAAGUAAUAAACUCAUGAGAUAUCUCAAAUGGUUGGAGUACGAUGUGAAGGUCUUUAAUGUGGGUCAGCUGAGGCGUACUCGAGCAAGGCAGCAAGCACAACAGGCAGGCAUCCGGGAGAAUCACACAGCGGAAUUCUUCAGUCACAACAACGAAGAAGCUACUCGGAGACGUGAUCAGCUAGCGGAAGACAGCUUGGAAAUGCUGAUCCAAUGGCUGAAGGAUGGGGGAAACGUGGGGAUCCACGAUGCUACGAAUAGUACGAGGAGUCGCAGAGCUAAGAUUGAGGCUCGCGUGGCCAAGGAGAAGGGGAUGUCAGUCAUCUUCCUGGAGUCUGUCUGCAACGAUCCAGCAAUCAUUGCUGCAAACGUUGCCCUCAAAGUCAGCUCCGGUGAUCCUGAUUACAAAGACAUGUCCCGAGAAGACGCCAAACGUGAUUUCUUGCGUCGGAUCAGCGAGUACGAAGCGGUAUAUGAGACAAUCACAGAGCCGCACUUAUCCUACCUUCGUAUCACCGACGUCGGUAAUCAAGUUACGGUGUCCCAUAUAAACGGGUAUUUGCAGAGUCGAAUCGCGUUCUACCUGAUGAACUUGCACUUGAAGCCGAGAAGUAUAUUCUUCUCCAGACACGGAGAAAGCCAAUAUAAUGUUGAGGGGAAGAUCGGAGGCGACGCACCCUUGUCACCCAGGGGCAUGCAAUACGCUAAAGGGCUACCUGCUCUGAUUACAGAUAACAUUGGCGACGCGCCGCUGACUGUUUGGACAUCCACGCUACAGCGCACGAUUCAGACGGCACAGUACCUGCCUUACAAUAAGCUGACAUGGAAAUCACUUGAUGAGCUAGAUGCUGGUGUCUGUGAUGGAAUGACUUACGAAGAAAUCGAGCAAGCGUAUCCGGAGGAUUUUGCUCAUCGAGAUGAAGACAAGUUUAACUACCGCUAUCGAGGUGGAGAAUCAUACCGCGAUGUGGUCGUGCGCUUGGAACCCGUUAUCAUGGAGUUGGAACGACAAGAGAAUAUCCUGAUCAUCGGGCAUCAGGCCAUCCUUCGGUGCUUAUAUGCCUACUUCCAUAAUCUCCCUCAAGCGGACCUGCCUUACAUCAAGAUUCCCCUUCAUACUGUUAUCAAGCUGACUCCUAAAGCAUACGGUUGUGACGAAGAACGUUACGCUCUGCCAAUCGGCGCGGUGGACACACAUAGACCGAAGCCUGGUACUCCCCAACAACCCCAUGCUACGCCGAAUACUGCUCGUGAAUACUACGGCAAUGACAAAUAAGGCUAAUAUGUAGAAUUCUAAUUGUACUCACUACGUGCUCAUCUCAAUGCGAAAUUGUGAUAUACUCGCG